UGGUGGUGGUCAGUCGUGGUCAUAGCAAAUUUUGUGGAUAAGCUCAGCAAUCGCAUCAUCAUGAAGUUCUACAGCGGCAGCAGCUCCAGCAUUGUGCUCCUUGUGGUCUUGAUGGUCACACUCCUCGCACCCGGAGAGGCAACCUUUGGCAAGCUGAAUCUACUGCUGGGCGGCGCCAGUUCGGGCGUCGGCUCUGGUUAUGGAUACGGAUCGGGAUAUGGCUCCGGCUAUGGCUCCGGCUAUGGUUAUGGCUCCGGCUAUGGCUAUGGCGGCGGCGAGAACGUGGUCAAGGUGAUCAAGGUGUCGGUGUUGCCAGGCGGUGGCGGCUAUUCAGGAGGCUAUGGCGGCGGUUACGGCGGAGGCUAUGGCGGAGGUUAUGGAUCCGGCUAUGGUGGCGGCUAUAGCAGCGGCUUUGUUGGCGCCGCUCCGGCCAUUUCCACAUCUGCCGUGGUCACCCCAGUGGUCACCUCAGUGUCCACACCCGUGGCUAGUCCCAUACUGACUGGAGGCGCUGGCUAUGUCGGCGGCUAUGGCGGCGGAUUGAGCAGCUUUGGCGGUGGACUGGGCGGCUUUGGAGCUGGACUGGGUGGCCUCGGAGGUGGUCUUGGCGGUGGGCUUGGCGGCGGUCUGGGCGGUGGUGGCCUGCCCGCCUCUUAUGGCUUUGGCAGCGGCUAUGGCGCUGGCGGUGGCUUUGGCCUGGGCUUUGGUGCCCCACCACCACCCCUCGGCCUGGCAUCGGGCCUGUGCUAGACUCAAAAACGAACGAAUUUCAGUUAACUUCGCUUCUCUUCCUUUUUUUUUUUUGUCCAUAUAUCUAAUAAAAA